AAUAAAGACACAGAAAAAUAAAUGUUUCCAUCUGAAAGGUUUAUAUUGUGCAAAGUAACAGUAAUUGUUUCCUCUCGACAAGCAAAGUGCGUUUUGAAAUAGAGCGUAAUAUUCUAUCUUCUUUUCGGGUGCUAAUCCUCCCGCAAAUAAGCUGCCAACAGUAGCUGACGACGGUUUAAGUGUAGAAAACAUGUCGGAGUCCUACGAUUAUCUUUUCAAGUUUCUCAUCAUUGGCCGUGCUGGUAGUGGCAAAUCCUGCUUGCUUCAUCACUUUAUCGAGAACAAGUUUAAGGAGGACAGCUCACAUACAAUCGGGGUCGAAUUUGGAUCCCGGAUCGUGAAUGUCGGCGGCAAAUCGAUAAAGCUACAGAUUUGGGAUACGGCUGGACAGGAGCGUUUUCGAUCGGUGACGCGGUCGUACUAUCGUGGUGCUGCUGGUGCUUUGCUGGUGUACGAUACGACUUCACGGGACAGCUUCAAUGUGCUCUGGAACUGGCUGAACGAUGCGCGUACGUUGGCAAGCCAGAACAUCUGCAUACUGCUCGUGGGAAACAAAAAAGAUCUGGAAGAGGAUCGCGAGGUCACGUUCCUGGAGGCGAGCAACUUUGCGCAGGAGAACGAGCUCAUCUUUCUAGAGACGAGCGCCAAGACGGGUGAAAACGUAGAGGAGGCAUUCCUGAAAUGCUCCAAAACCAUCCUUGCGAAGAUCGAAACGGGGGAGCUCGAUCCGGAACGGAUUGGCAGUGGCAUUCAGUACGGGGACACCUCGGCACGCAAUGCGGCCGGAACGCUCGCGAGCGGACAGCAGCCGAGGAGCCGACUGCGGCCGGAUUGUUCCGGCGGCGGCGGCAGUUGCCGAUCGUAGAAAGUGACGAAGGCUAGUGACGCCCGCGGUCUGUGUAAGUUUGUACCAUGAUCAAUCCUGUUCUUAUAUAUCAAGUUUGCCUACACUCUGGGGCGGAAUGUAUUGAAAUGGUGGGUACCGCUACCCAGGGUGGGCGACAUCCGUGACGGGUGUCCGUUAUCCGAGCACAGGAUAUGCAUUCGUUGGGACUGUUUCAAUCAAAACGAGAAGCAUUGCUUCUUUCUGUGUGCAGAGGAAUGAAUCUCAAAAUUGUGCUACCUUAAAUGAUUAUAUUCACGCAAAAGGCGAAAAGAGUUGUGCGGAUGGCCGUUGGCCAUUCGAGUUAUUUUGGAUUCAGUAUUGGACAAUUACAUACUAUACUAAAACUACGCUAUUCAUUCAGAUGCAAGAGUGUCUGAAGCAUCCUAUCGACCUGCGCCUUUUCGAACGCAUUUCAGUCAAUCUGUGUUACACUUGAACUUAUCAUUCAUAAACACACACUAAUCUUCCCGGUUUAACAUGAUAUUGAUAUUAUCCCUUGGUAGUUUUCUCCGUGCUUUGGUUGUUGUUACACAUUGUAUUACAUAGUAUGGCGCUUGUUUUUCUUUUACGUUAAUGUUUCAUUUAUCAAUUUGCACAAUUUCCCCACCAAUUUAACUAGGUAUCCAGCUAGAUCAUUAUUUACCGCGAUUUGGAUAAUUACUUCAGCAAAACGAAUAACAUGUUUUCAAAUAAAUAUGCUAGGGACCCGAAAUUCUGAGUGAGAUACGUAUGCUUCUCAAAAAUUUAAAGCCACCUAUUAAUCAAACGACAGCAACAAACUUAGCAAAUAGUAAAAUUAUUUUCCCUCAAUAGCUUUCCGUUAUACUCCAAUGAGUAGUUUUGCAACCCAAUUGGUGAUUUGGUUCGAUGUCAAGAGGAUCGGAAGAAUCGAUUUAUAUUAAAACAACUGUACCGUAGAUUUAAAUGACAGAGCCUUCGGUUUAACACCGGUUUGAAAUGUUUAGGGAAUGUGAUGUUAAAUUACGAAUCGCGGGGCAAUGUGCAGAGACGACUAAACAACUUAAACCACUUAGAUGUAACUGUAAAGAAAGAAAAGUGAGAUAGAGAGGGAGGGAACGAGAGCGAUAACAAAAAAAAAACAUAAAAAUCGAACUACAAAAUGAAACUUUAUUGUGCAUUAGAUAUCUUUAUACCUGAGUAGACGGGAGGAGAACAUUAAAACCAAUAAAUUUGUUCAACGAUA